GCGUUCUUUUGAUUGGACCAACCAAAGUCCCGAGUCUCCAGAGAGCGCGCUUGACUUGACUCGGUGUUCCGGGAUGGGAGAAGAAGGCAUUGAUUGAUAAGGAAGAUCCAUCCGACACACAUGAGACUCCAAGCUUUGAUACUCCAUUUGGAUUGUGGCGAAGAUGAUAAUCUAGACUUUUUUUCCCCUCGUUCUUUCAUACAUUUCUGUUCACAUUUCAUAGAGUCACCAAAGAAAAAGCAUGCGUUCACUGCGAGCCUUGACGGCGUCGCUGCUAGCGGUGCAGUUCGCUCCCGUCGCGGCGGAUGAGGUACAGAAACCCGUGGGUGUAUCAUCAUCAUCGUCGUCAUCAUUGACAUCAUAUCCAUCAUCUCAAGACGAACCCGGCCCUUCAUCACCGUUUGCAACAACACCAAAGAGUGACGAUACAGGCCCAUCAUCAUGGUACGCUCGGCUGAAUUACUCGUCGCCCGCGCCGCACCUGUUUGCUUCGGCAUAUGGAUUGCUCCAGCAGUGGAGUAAUACCGUGUUCCCCAACGGACAUACGAUGGCGGCGGUGGAGGUUCCCGCGUUUACGCUGUUUUAUCACGGGAGGAUGGAUGAGGAGGAUGUGCCGAGUCCGGAGUGGCUUGCUUUUGAUAUAGAAAUGGCCUACGGCAUAAUGGGCAGCACCCGCCAAAGCUACAUGCUAACAUACCAAACCACGCGGCCCGUGAAAGCGCUCUACUUUGACGGCGAGUCCGCUGCGCUGAUGGGGCUCGGGCAGCUGGACACGCAGAUGCUGCAUUUAUACGGCAACGUAUCCGGUCCGGAGAGUGAUGGAGGUCCCUGGCGCGGGUUAGAGCCCGAGUAUGAGAGGGCCAUGGGGCUCUGCGACUGGUUGUUGGAGAAGGGGUUGCGCGGACCGGGGUGGGGGUUUGAGGGGGUGGUGAGGAUGAAUACGGGGUUUGAAAUGAUUUGGUGUGAUUUUGGGGGUGGGGGAAGUUUGAGGUUGGUUGGGAGGGGGAAUGUUACUGCGCCGCAGUUGAGGGAGGGGGAUGAUGAUGAUGAUGAUGGAGAGAAGAAGGUGGAGGGGAAUGAGGUUGAGGGAGAUGCGAAGAAGGCUGGUGGGAGGAUGCAUGGCGAAGAAGGGGUGCCGACGUCGGUGUACCCGCUCCCGCCGCAGCCGACGCUGACAGACCGCCCCGUGAGCCCUUCCCGUCCGCCGAUGCCGCCCAACUGGCGCGGGAUCAUGGGUCCCGCCGAGCGGGAGCCGUUUUUACAGACGCAGGGGUGGGGAUGGUUUGCUUCCGCGACGUGGCAUUACGGGUCCAAUGGUCUCGGGCAGGGGAAAGGCGAGACGAGGGCGCGGGUGCUCGGGUGCGGGAUCACGAGCUGGUACGCGGAUCGGUUCUGGGGGUCCGGUGUGGAGGAGGAGCGGACGAGGUUGAAUCUUACUGCGGAGGGGUAUUGGAGCGGUAAUGGAGGAGAUGGUGGUGUUGGGAACCGGAGUGAGGCCUUGGCGAAGCUUGGGAGGCGGAGGAGGAUGCAUCAUUUGGAGAAUGUGACGGCUGAGAUGGCGGCGGGGAUGAGGUGGGAGACAGAGGUGAUGUUACGGGAUGCACUUGUGGGCGAGGGGGGGUGUAGUGGGAUGGAGUGGGUGAGUUCCAUGGGGGAGAUUGUGCAGCGGACGGCCGGGCAUUUGAUGGUUAUGGAGGAGGGGGCGAGGUUCGGCGGCGAUGGCGAUGGUGAUGACCGGGACUGGGGGAAUGUGACGGCGGUGAGGGAGUGGUUGUACAAGUUGCGUGGGCAGAGCCACAUGUUUUUGGUUUCUUUCCUGGAGUAUCCGCGCGAGAUUGAUCGGCAAACGUGGGAUGUCCGGGGCGCGCUGUUUGCGGAGACGUAUUCGCGGUGUCGGUAUCGGUAUACGAGGUUGAUGGUUGAUUUACCGCUCAGCGUGAGGGAGCGAGAUCUGAGGGGCGCGGUGGAGGAGGUCAUGGGUGGCAUCUGCGGGGUGUUGCUGGAGGUAGGGUUCGGUAUCGAGAGGACGUGGUAUGAUCUCGAAAGAGGGGAGACGUCGGAGCUGGAGGCUGCGAGCGAGAGGUGGGCGGAUGGGGUGAGGCGGCUUCGGGCGUGGGUUGGUUGGGAAGGGGAGUUCAUCCGGUG